AUGGCAAUGAAACGCAAGCUGAACGAGCACGAUGUUCCGGAGCCGGAGUCACCUCAAUCACCAAAGCGCAGAGCGAGCGACGCAUCCCAAUCCGAACCCGCCAGCCCGCCAGCACCGACACCCGCGAAGGAAGUUGUCGCAUCUUUCGCUGAACUUCAGCUCGAGCCGCGUCUGUUGAGAGGAAUCAGGGACCAAAAAUGGGGUUCUCCUACUGCUGUACAGUCAAAAGCCAUUCCGCUGGCACUACAAGGACGAGACAUCCUUGCGCGCAGCGGUACUGGUACAGGCAAAACAGGCGCAUACCUUCUUCCCAUCCUACACAAUACCUUACUGAGGAAAGGAAAGACUUCUCUCAUUCUCGUACCCACCAAGGAACUAGCGCUGCAAAUCACGAAAGUAGCCAAAGCCCUAUCAGCACACUGCGGCCAGGCAGUGAGGAUACAAAAUAUUGCUGGGAAGGAGUCUGAAGUCGUGACCAAGGCAAAACUUGCAGACAACCCGGACAUUGUCAUAGCGACACCAGCGCGGGCGAGUGCGAACAUCAACACUGGUGCGCUGGCGGUUACAGAGCUUGCGCAUCUGGUGGUAGACGAGGGCGACCUGGUCAUGGGCUAUGGCUUUAAGGAGGACCUCGAUCAGAUUGCGCAAAACAUCCCCAAGGGCGUGCAAAUGUUCCUCAUGUCGGCUACCCUCAACACCGAAGUUGAAUCGCUCGGCAGCCUUCUCUGCAACGACCCCGUGGUGCUCAAGUUGGACGAUCUCGAUAAGGACUCCAAGCGCGUCAAGCAAUACGUCAUAAAGUGCGCUGAGGAGGAGAAGUUCUUGCUGAUCUAUGCCAUGUUCAAGCUGGGGCUGAUCAAGGGCAAGACGAUCGUCUUUGUAGGAGACACCGACCGCUCGUAUCGUGUCAAGCUCUUCCUCGAGCAGUUUGGCAUCAAGUCGUGCGUGUUGAACUCGGAGCUUCCACUGGCUUCGCGCCUGCACAUCGUUGAGGAGUUCAACAAGAACAUCUACAACAUUCUGAUCGCAUCGGACGAGACUGAGAUUUUGGGAUCGCAGAAGAAGGCAGACGAGUCGCGGCCGAAGAAGAAACCCAAGACGGACAAGGAGGCAAAGAACGACUCUGGCGUGUCCCGCGGCAUCGACUUCCUGAACGUAUCCUGCGUCCUCAACUUCGACUUCCCCGCGACGUACAAGUCCUAUUUCCACCGCAUCGGCAGAACUGCGCGUGCUGGCAAGUCCGGUACUGCCAUCUCAUUCAUCAUCCCCAAGGACAAGUACAGGAAGCACAAGUCGACAACCUUUGCUGGCUGCGAGAAUGACGAGGAGGUACUAAAGAAGGUUGAGAAGCAUCAGGAAGCUGGGCAGAAGCUGGAGAACUACAACUUCGACAUGAAGCGACUGGAACCAUUUAGGUACCGCUUUGGAGACGCCCUUCGGUCUGUCACGCGUAUUGCGAUUCGAGAAGCGCGCAUCAAGGAGAUUCGCUUGGAGCUCUCAAAGUCGCAAAAGCUUUCGCGCUACUUUGAAGAGAACCCCGAAGCGCUCGCGCACCUCCGACACGACCAGACGCUCAACCAUCCCGCGCGCAUACAACCACAUUUGAAGCACGUCCCAGACUAUCUGCUACCAGGAGGCAGCAGGAAGCCGGCAGAUGUUGGCUUUGUAGGCCUGAACGUACCUCGCGUGAACAAGCGGCAAUAUGUAAAGGGCAAGGGGAGGAAGGUCGUGAGGCGAAAUGGCAAGGUUGAUCCGCUGAAGACGUUCAACGCGAGAGGGAAGGGGAAGAAAUAG